CAGAGAUUUGUGUUUCGAAUCAAACCAACGCGGUCGUCAUCUCUUCUGUUUAUACUUCUGUUUAAACUUCUGCUUCUUAAGUGUCUUUUAUGGUUUCUGACAGUUUCCUGAUCAACAAAAAGGCUGGUGAAUAGAAAUAAGAAUGUCAUUCCGACUGUCGGCUUCUGCUGGAGACGCCUUGCAGUCUUUCAGCAGAAGUGGAGCGCGAACUCCUUUGAGAAGUCUACAAAAUGAAAUUCUUCCGGCAACAGAAUCUUCCACCGCCAAAUCAAAACCCCUCGUCAGUUCUGAACCAGUGAAACAUACCAGGGUAAUUGUUGCACUCGAAGACGCUCUGAAAAACGCCUCUGCGAACGGCACUGAUGGUACGAAAGCCCAGUCCAGCCAGGAGCAAACUUCUUACAACACUGAAGAGCCGGACACUGAGCGUACAACUUCUAAUUCUCCUAAUAAUAUAACGUUAAAGUCAUAUGAGUGUGAUGGCGGGGAAGUGGAAAUUUCAGGCGAGCUUGUUAAAAAAGCAGAGGACAGUUUUGUUUGCCUCCACCAGGGCUUAGUGAAUACACACAAUAUAUCCAAACUCUUGAUUCAAGUUGUAUCUCGGAUGUCACUGAAGACUUCAACUUCGAAGAACAAAAACUGGACCACCUUUACUGCAAGAGAGAAGACGGUGCGCCAUCUGUAAUCAGCACGGGGGACAUUUUACAAGACGACAAAGCAACUGACGCAAUUACUGACAUAACGUUGAAAUUUCUGAACUGUACGGGAGGAGAGAUCGAAAUCGCAGACCCUGAGUGUCUUUAUGACCAAACUAUUCCUUUACCAGCUGAGCAGAGCGGGAGUGAUGCUGAGAGUUACAGCGAUGGCAAAGAUUCAGCCAUUUUCACAGAGGAAGUUGAUCAUACAGAGCACCCCUACUGUAACAAAAGAGCACUGGAGAGUUUUCACGUCACAAAUGAGUCAAGUGAUCGUGAAAUUUUGCAUGAGAAAGAUCAGAAAAAAGACAACUACAAAGAUGAUUCUGUGAUUAACCGUAAACUGGUUGACGAAAGUUGUAAUAUAAGCGUCAAGGGAGCUUCGUUUGUGUCUGAGGAGCAAUUUUGUCAAGAGCAACUGGCUACCAACAGCUUAUCAAAACAAACUGAGAAUGACCUUGAAGAAAACGGCUCAUUACAAGUAAUAAAAAAUGAAAUCGUGGAUGCCUCAUUGACCGAAGAUGCGCCUCCAUUAUUCAAGACUAGUCAAUCUGAAAAUCACCAACAAACUACACAAGAAAAAUCAUACCCUUACUAUAAUGAAGGAGCAGUGGACAGUUUUCACGUCACAAAUGAUUCCAGUGUUUGUGAAAUUUUGAGUGAGAAAGCUCAGACGGAGAAAAAAGACGAUGACAAAGAUGAUUCUAUUAACCCUAAACUGGAUGACGAAAGUUGUAAUACAAGCGUCAAGGGAGCUUCGUUUGUGUCUGAGGAGCAAUUUUGUCAAGAGCAACUGGCUACCAACAAUUUAUCAAAACAAACUGAGAAUGACCUUGAAGAAAACGGCUCAUUACAAGUAAUGAAAAAUGAAACUGUGGAUGCCUCAUUGCCAGAUGAUGCAUCUCUGUUAUUCAACACUAGUCGAUCUGAAAAUCACCAACAAACUACACAAGACAAAUCACAUCCCUGCUGUAAUGAAGGAGAAAUGGCCAGUUUUCACGUCACAAAUGAGUCAAACGUUCGUGAAGUUUUGAAUGAGAACGAUCAGACGGAAAAAGAAGACGAUGACAAAGAUGAUUCUACGAUUAACCCUAAACUGGAUGACGAAAGUUGUAAUACAAGCAUGAAGGAGCAAUCUUGUCAACUGGCUACCAACAGCGUACUAAAGCAAACUGAGCAUAAGCUUGAAGAAAACGGCUCAUUACAAGUAAUAAAAAAUGAAAUCGUGGAUGCCUCACUGACCGAAGAUGCGCCUCCAUUAUUCAAGACUUGUCAAUCUGAGAAUCACCAACAAACUACACAAGAAAAAUCACACCUCGAGCUCAGUUCUAUGGGUUUAUCACGACAUUCAGCCCACCACGAGGCCAUAUCCGCUCCAUCCGACCCUAAUCCCGAUGAUCAAGAGAGGAAUAGAUCAGAAAGUGAAUCGGAAGUCCACUCCAGUGUUCGUCCUAGUCAAGGCAGUGAUACAGCAGACAGCGCUCUCGGUUUGUCCUCUAACGCUCCAGCUCCCGUUGUCGCUACCGAGCCAACACAAGCCGAAACCCUUCCUGAUGUUUUUAAGGCCAUGUCGGAAUGCACGCCUCUCCAGUUGAAAUUCCUCACUCCCAUUGUCCGAAGAGCGUCCUUGGCUUGUAAGCAGGCUCAGAAGGAACUGGGUAUAGACCAGGAUGAUCUUAACCCUGCUGAGUUAUGGAGAGAGCAGCUUGACAGCCCGUUGCCGCGGCCUCUCUUCAACUCCACAGAGCUGGUUCAAAGGUCACAGGCGUGCGUCGUCAUGGAAGCGAAUGGAGAUGUUUCCCCUGUCAAGCCUGUGGUUGCUAAGGCUGUUGCAGAGGUCCCCGUGAUACCAGAAGGUCCACUGCAGCAGCAACUCCGACAGAUGGCAGAGUUUCUCAUGUUGGCGUCGGGAAAGAUGGGCCCCGUGCACGUGCCCACCCCCGCACCCCCGCCUCCCAAAGCCGAACACCACAGCGUCUCUGUGGGCACGACGCCGAUGAAGAUGGUCAAUCACAGCAUCAAUACGUCCGGACAGUUUGAGAGAAAGAGGAACGUCUCUGUUGAAGAUCAGGGGACGCUGACGGACCCGCUCCUGUGGAAUGUCCCGGUUGGGAGUCUGGAGAGCGUUCCCAGGCCUGAGUUGGAGCAGCGGUUGCUCUCCUCCAUGAUCAUUGUGGAGGCUCUGGUGCAGCAGCUGGGAGCAGCUCGAGCUCAGACACUGCCCCCUGCUGGAACUGCCCCGUCACAGCUCCGAGAGAGGGCAGCGCAGACGGAGCACACAGAACUCAACCAGACGUCGAUGCACAGGGACCUGUACUUGGAAGCUCUGAACAGAAUUCAAGAGUUGGAGAUGGAUGCCAGUUCACUACAAAGUCUCACUGAGUACAUGCAGAAUGUGAAGACGAAUAUGACUGUGCUGACCCACGAUACUGAAGCAGCUCUACGUCAAAUGAAACAACUUGGAAAUGUUGUUACAGAAGACCAUGAUAACCUUGUUUCAAAUUACGCUCGGAUGAAGUCGCUCGUGGGGAGGUCGAAGGAGACUCAAGUGAGAAUGAUACAGAAGGUAAAGGACGCUUUCCAGGACAGAGAGGACAUGCGCACACAGAUGGAGGAGGCGUUCUCUGCUAAAGACGCUGCCUACGCUGUGAUGGACCAGUUGAGAAAACACUGUUCCGCUGAAAUCGCUGAGCUGGAGAAGUGUGUGGGAUCACAGCAAGAACUGUUGUGCGCGCUGCGAAAAGCUCACCCCGAACAGGUUGCGUUGAAUAAGGCUUAUUCUGAGACACUGGACUCCGCUUCAGAGCUUCUGUCCAAAACCACAGAGGAACAGUCCAGUCUGGCAAACGAGCUCCGUGCGGUGAGGGGGCUCCUGCAGAAGUGUAGCCCAAUACUCCUGAGGCUGAACGAGAAGACCGACGCUGCGCUGAGAGAGAGAGACGAGAGGAUCGCUGAGAGGGACCAAGCCGUACAAGAUAAACUACAGACUGAAGAGGAGCUAAACCAGACUCUCCAAAAUCUCCAAACUGCAAAGGAACAGAUCAGCGAUUUGAAUCUACAAGUGACGAUUCUGACAUCAGAGAUGGGAGUGUUGCGCCAAAAGCUGAGUGAGAGUGACGAGGAGCGGGCUCAGCUGGACAGAAAGGCCACAGAGCUGUCGGCCACCGUCUCCUCCACUCUGGCCUCCUACACGUUUUUGGAACAGGCUCUCGCUUCGGAAACUACAAAGUUGCAGCAGUCAUGGGCAGACAUAAAACAAGCCAAAGAAAGAGCUCAAGAACUUGAGUUGUCUCUGGACCAGUCCGAGCGCUGCGUGAGUGAACUGUCGGCCGCUCUGGCUCACAGUGAGGAGCAGGUCUAUCUGAGCUCUGUCUCCGAAGCUCAGGCGCUGCAGCUCCAGCAGCUCCAGGAGAUGUGCGCACAGCUCCGAGGCGUGCGCGAGGAGAACGAGUUUUUGCAAAUGGAAAAUGAGCUGAGCAGGGAGCAAAUGGCGGAGAGCGAGCGCAUGCUGAGGGAGAAUCUGAAGAGUCUGAGGGAGAGGAACAUCCAGUGUGAAGAUCUGAACACAGAACUCUGUCAGCUCCAACACGCGAACAGGAACCUGCAGGAAGAGCUGGAGUCGGUCAGAACCAAACUCUCCGCGGGCAAGACGGAGCACAAGGAAAAACUAGAACAGAUCGUCACGGAAAUCGCCAUUCUGCAUCACACCGUGAGGAAUCUGACCAACGAGCUGCACGAUUCUGUAAAGGAAGAGCUUUCAGAUCGGCUGUCUCCUCACAACACUUCUCCCAGCUCCUUUGUGGACAGCGUCGCUUCGGCACCGACACCUGACAAGGAAGAAAGCCCCGAACCUGCGUUCUCAGACUCUGAUGCUGCGUCUGACCUGCUGUUCAGCGAGAGCAGCGCCUUCACACGCGUCACGGCGGUCACUCCGAAAAGGGGGCGGAGCUCCGACGGCGGCGUGGAGGAGCAGAGCAGCGUGUCGGAGCUGCUGGUCGGGCUGGACUCCACCGUCACAGAGCUCAAAAACAUCAUGAGCUCUGUCCAACAACGCAAAGAUGCAGAGCUGAAGGAGAAACAGGAGACCAUAUGCCGCCUGCAGAGGGAGCUAGAGGCCGCGAACAGCGCUCACCAAACCGAAGUGUCAGAGCUGCAGUUUGAGCUGAAUCGGCUCAAGGCUCGAAUGGAAAAGGCCAAUGCAACUCUACAACAGAGAGCCCAGGAUGAGAAAACGGUGUCAAAGUUGGUAGCAGAGAUAAGUGAGAUUCAAGAGAUGCACAACAAACACAAAGCUGACAACAUAGAGUUGCGUAAAGAGCUGGUGGAGCUUCGUCGGUCUCUGCAACAGUCCAAGUCCGAGGUGCAAUUUCUUCGCGAUGAGUUAAAGAAACAUGGAGCCCAGACCGCUCCAGACUUCAUGGACGAGAAGAUCGGCCUCUUAAAGGAGUUGGAGAAGCUAAGGAUGAGUCUCCAGGCCGAGGAGCAGGCACGAAACAAGCUUCUGGAAAGAGCGAAAAGACACCAAGGAAUCUACCUGACCAACCAGCAGAAGAGCGAGAAGGAGCUCCAGAUGUUAAACAAUAUGAUCAAUAAAGUCCGAGAGACGCUGCUGUCUUUGCCUGCGAGUGUGAGAAAAUGUGAACAGCUCCAGCAGCUCAUCGAGUACGUUGGAUAAUGUUUCUAUGUUGUAUUUAUGUUUUCUAUUUGUUUGUUUUUUUUACACCUUUCCACCUCGUUUUAAUGUUUCUGUAAUUAAAAUGUAAGAUAUUUCCUUUUUAUGGGUAAAUAAACAUGCCUUCUACUACUGAUAAGUCCUAA